CAUCAGAGAAAACGAGAAUCGUGUUCUAUUGCGGUGACCUCUUUCUUUCUCUUUCAGUUUGUUCACCAUCGCCAUGGAUGAACACCACCAACAACCUCAACCUAACAUCGACCCUUUCCUCGUGAAUUAUCAACCUUCUGAGCUUCGAAUCGCUUCUGAGUUUCUUAACACAUGGCUUCCCUUUCUCACCAAAGAUCUCUGCCGCCGCUGCUCCCAGUCGCUCUCCGAUCGCAUCCGCUCCAUCGACCCAGAGUCUAAGAGCCAGGACAACACCGUUAUCGCCGGGGAUUCCAUUGUUCAAUCGGGCGAGGCUAGUGAUGAGUGUGACGAGAAUUGUGACUCGCAUUCUCUUGGGAGUUGGAAGGAUGUGGCGGCGGGGAACUCUGUCUCGGUGGUGGAGGUUCCGAGUCUGAGGAUGUCUUGGGCUGAUAUGGCUCAGGAGGAUGAUGAGUUCGGCGAAGAUUCGCAUGAAGAGGAUAAUAGCAGUGCCAAUGUUGUUGUGUUUGGUUCAAUUCCCUGUGAAACCAAGGUUUCUGUUCGUGAGAAGCCUACUCUGUCGAGGGAGCAGAGGGAGCACAUUCGAUUCAUGAAUGUGAGGCGGGAGAAGGACUUCAUAUGUUUUGAGAGGGUUAAUGGGAAGCUUGUGAACAUUCUUCAAGGACUUGAACUCCACACUGGUAUUUUCAGUGCUGCUGAACAGAAGAGAAUAGUUAGUUAUGUAACUUCACUGCAGGAGAUGGGGAGAAAUGGAGAAUUAAAAGGUCGGACAUUUUCAGCUCCUCAAAAGUGGAUGAGGGGCAAGGGACGCCAAACUAUCCAAUUUGGGUGCUGUUAUAAUUAUGCAGUGGAUAGAGAUGGUAAUCCACCUGGUAUUCUUAAGACUGCUACAGUAGAUCCUAUACCUGAUCUUUUCAAGGUCAUCAUUCGACGCCUGGUCAAGUGGCACGUACUACCUCCUACUUGUGUGCCUGAUAGUUGUAUUGUGAAUAUCUAUGAAGAAGGGGACUGCAUACCUCCACACAUAGACAACCAUGAUUUUGUUCGACCAUUUUGCACCGUCUCAUUUCUUAGCGAGUGCGAUAUACUUUUUGGAUCCAACUUAAAGAUUAUAGGUCCUGGUGAAUUUGAUGGCUCAAUGGCUAUUCCCCUACCUGUUGGAUCUGUACUUGUCUUAAAUGGAAAUGGAGCUGAUGUAGCUAAGCACUGUGUACCUGCUGUUCCUACAAAAAGGAUAUCAAUCACAUUUAGAAGAAUGGAUCCAGCCAAGCGGCCUCUUUGGUUUGUUCCAGAACCUGAUCUUCAGGGGAUCCAGCCAUUGGCCUAUGAAGGUGAGCUGGAAAAGAAGUCAAGUGAACAAAAACAUAAUCGUCAUACGAAGAGACAUAACGACGGGAGGGGUGGCAGGAAUGAUGCAACAGGAUCUGCAACUAGAAAUGAUAGAUUCUCGGAGCCUCGUGGUGAUAGAUUCUCGGAGCCUCGUGGUGAUAGAUUCUCGGAGCCUCGUGGUGAUAGAUUCUCAGAGCCUCGUGGGUCGACUCAAAGUCGGUCUGCAGCUAGAGGUGAUAGAUUCUCAGAGCCUCGUGGCGAUAGAUUCUCGGAGCCUCGUGAUUCAAGUCAAAGUCGAUCUGCAACUAGAAGUGAUAGAUUCUCGGAGCCUCGUGGUGAUAGAUUCUCGGAGCCUCGUGAUUCAACUCAAAAUCCCCGAAGACCUGCAAAUAGGUGGAGUCGGGUGAGGCCUGGUAGUUGACAGGUGUCGUGUUAACACCCAUGUGUUGGUUAUGUUCAUGCAAUCCUUCUUCAUACACAACUGGUUUGUCAUGGAGGUUUCUUCAGCUUGCUUUCUGAGAAAGCUUAAGCAGCAGAAAUUUUACUAUAUACCUUUGUGCUCAAGUUGGUUAGUCUGGUGCUGUUUUGUAUCUUUAUUUCAUAAGUCACAGGCGCUAGUGUAUAUUUGAGUGAGUUUGCAAGUCAAUAAUGGUUGCAAUUUGGUCAGAGAUUGUGAUUCUUCAGUUUUUUUAGUACCAAGCUAGAAUGUGGCUGGGUUAUAUAUGAACGUAAAAUUUGUUUUUAGCUUGAUACUUUGUAGUUUAUACCAUUCCUGAUGACUUGUAUAAAAUAUUGAUUAUUGAGGUGAAUAAUGGUUGCUUUGUGAGUCA